AUGACUUCAUUGCCAAGAAUGGGAUGGGCUGUUUUUUGCAUACUGCUGCUGUGGAAGAGACAGGCAGCUUCCACUAAAGAAAGACAAUGUUCUGUGACUCGAGUGGGGGCACAUCAUCCAGUUGAGGCUUUGCUGGAGAAGUUUGAAGCUGGUCCAGGCUGUGCUGCCCGAGAGAGUGGGGACAGGGAAACGCACGUCAUUGCAGUGGGGAGAAUUACUAGCAGCCCUGACAACACGAUCACAGUACUGUUGAAGCCUUUGUCUCUAAGCCAGUCGAUUUUAAGGAAAGUUACCUUAAUACUCAGCUCCAAGCAACCAGUAAACUGGAAGCUGGAAGCUGAGAGACUGCCCCCUGACCUUCCUGUUGUGGUGAAGGUAUCCUCAAACUCCAGCGUACAGUCCCCGAUGCUACGCUUGCUUGUCCGGCGGCUGCACUGGCUCCCUUUCCGUCAACGUGCGCUGUACCGAUGGGCUCUGAAACACCACGGCAACCUGUCCUCUUUGACACAUGUCACCCACGGAAAUCGAGUGUAUGUCCGACUAGGAGAGGAUCUGACGCAGCCUCAUGCAUGCCAUCUUAAGUCAGUGUUUCUCUCCAAUAACUACAUGACCUCAGACCUGCAACCACAGGACGUGCAAGGUUGCGAACAUUCAGUACCAAGUGAAACCGAUUCACAGGUUCAUGUGAUCAAACUACAUUCAGCAGGUUCGGCGCUCUGUGGCUCUCUUCAGGUGGAGGUGAUAGUUUCCCUCGUCCGUCCAUCGGACGGUUCUUUGGGUCAAAAUGUGGUGCUCAUUCUCAGCAGUUCGGUGCCAGUAAACUGGGCCAUUGUCGCUCAUGAUGUCCAAGGUCACAUCCUUAUUCAUUCGUCUAACAGUGUUUCCCCUCCUUACCCUCCUGAGACUGAACUGACUCUGACUACGACGUUAAUUCCGGAUCUGUCCAGCAUAGCGGACAUUCUUUUGUGGUCUGAAGAGAACGGCUACAAUGUGACCUCAUACACUGAGGCCGACCAGGCCAAUCGCUUUGUAAUUCGGCUGGCUGGGACCAGGACAGUGGCAACAAUGAUGCCCGUUACCAAGAGGCCUAAGUGGGCUCAUGAACAUCGCCUGAGAGGAUGGCUCAAUGGAGAUGGAGCUGACAGAGGUCGAGACAGUUUGACAGUGCAGUGUGAAAACGGACGCCUCAGUGUGGCAGUGGACCAACACACCCUGCAGAAUUUGUCCAUGCAUGUUUCUGCUGUAACUUUGCGGGACCCGGCAUGCCAGGCUCAGUUCAAUGGGAGUCAUUUCCUCUUGGUGUUCCCAGUCAUUUCCUGCGGGACCGAGGGACAGCUUCUGGGUACUAAAUGGGUGCAGUACAAAAACAGAGUGCUGUUAUGGAAAAGCAAGACUCACAUCAUGUUGCCACACAACAAGACUGAUUGGACAUCAGGAAGUUCACUUGGCAUCCAUGCACCCUGGGCUCCCUAUCCUGAUCCUGGACAGUUACAUUUUUCCGCACCCAGACACAAAUCUGGACUUUUGCUACUUUUGAAGCUUUUCAUCACUGAGAGCUACAAGCAUCGACAUGUUGGACCCUGUGUCAUCGCAGCAGACCAGCGUGUUUACGUUGAGAUUUCAGCCAUUGGACCCUUCAUAGACAAUGCUGAGGUGAAGUCAUGUGUUGUUUCUCCUCUGUCAGACCCCAAAAGCUCUCCUUUCUGGACAGUCAUAAGCAAUGCCUGUCCUGCAGACCCCUCAUUUACCUUUUUACAUGCAAAAGAUGAGAAAGAAACAGAAGAUAGUAAUGAGGAGGAGGAGGAAGAUACUGAAGACAGAAAUGAAGAUGAAAAAGCAUGCAAGAUCAGUGAAGAAGAAGACGAAGAUGAAGGUGUCUCCUUUCGCUCCAAGACCAGAAGAAAAGGAAGAGAAGGACCCAAGGGGAGCGAAACAAUGUUUUGGCCAUUAAGAUUUAGUUUUAAACUACGACCAGUCUACAACGUCUCAAUCCAGUUUCUCCACUGCAGCGUUCAUCUCUGUGUCUCUGACCAGGCAACAAAGGCAUCCGGAAAAAAGAGUGUCAAGAAAAAAUGUCCAGAUGGCAAACAUAUCCCUCCACAUGUGUCCAGGACACUUGGACAGCAGUGUGUGAUUCGAAACCUAUCCCGGCCCAUGGUGGUGACCCAACCGACAAACACAGUAAAACAUAAAGCACGGAAGCCCAUCACAAGCCUACAAACAAGGAGAGAAUCUUCUUUGCAGUCGGUGUAA